GCGUUUUUCUGGCGAUAACGCUAAUGAAAUUGGACGCAAACAUUGCUUUUAACUGGACCAAGAUCAAGGAGAUUCUAGAAUCCGACCAAUGCAGUGGGGAAGUUAUCGCCUACUACAAAUUUGACCGAUCUUUUAGAGAUGUGUGCUUUGGCCACAAUGCCCAUAAAGAGAGAAACGUGGUGAGGGAUAUUUCAGAAGGCAUAGCGAACAGCGCAGCCCGUUUCUACGAUCAUUAUAAAAUAUCAUAUCUCUACGUACCCAGUCUAUACGGUUACGAAUGGGGCUCGACCUUCUCUGUCAGUAUCUGGUUCAAAAACGUAGAAAUUGUACGGGACGAAAUCCGAGGUCUCAUUAAUAAUGGCCCAGCGGCUAUACAGAAACAAAAUCAGCACAAAUCAUUCCGGAGAUCUCCGACAACACCAAACACCUUAGGAAGCUGGCAAAUACGAAUUGCAUCGCAAAAAUUCAUUGGUGCAUCCAUCGUGACAUCACACUCAGCCAAAACCUGGCAGAACAUAACGACUGCUAUUUCAGACCAUUGGCAUCACUUUGUGAUGACCUACGACGGUUCGACGAUCUCGUUUUACCACAACAGCCACCUUAAGCUGACCGAUUCGAGUUGCUAUGGCAACAUUCUCAGCAAAAAUUCCCAGGUUGUGAUGGGACACACGAAAACGAGAGCGCGUAACGGGAGUGGAGAGAUGAAAGACGUGUAUUUUAAUGGCUACAUGGACGAAGUGAUAUUGUUCAAAAAAGCCCUGACCGCUAAACAGGUUACAAGACUUUACCAGCUUAAGGUUGUUUAAACAUUUUAAAUAAUACGAACCAUUUAAAAAGCUGAAUAUUCAUUUCACACUGCCGUGUUGGAUGCCUUACUCCCAACUCUGACAAAAUAUUUUUAAUUGAAAAACACUUAAUUAAUUUUGUUACUAAGCCUAUGACUGAUAUAUGCUUUCUUAAUUUUGACGCUAUUAUACUAAUUUGUUUAACUUAUUUUCGUUUAUAUUUUGUUAAUAUGAUUUGUAACGAAU